AUGUGCAUUUGGGGGCUAGGGCCGGCGGGUGCAAGUGCUGCGGGGGCCCUCAGUUGGUCUCAUGCUUCGCUCCACAGAGCAGCGCGAGCAGCAGGAGCGACCAUAACGGCCACGGCAGCAGUUUCAGGUGCCCAUACUCCUCAGAUGGGCAGCUUGAUGCAGCAGCGGCGAGGGCUGAAGUUUGUACACCCGCGAAAUUGGAUCCUCCAAUGGAAGUUGAAGCCAGGAGACCACGUCAUGGUCAUUAGCGGCAAGUGGCGCGGCCGGACGGGAAAAAUCAUUCAAACUGAUAAAAUGAGGAAUGCAAUUGCUGUAGAAGGCGUCAAAGAGCGAAUCAUUCGGGACACUGAGGGCCGCGAGGUUCAGAUUGCUGGGCUAAUUCACGUAUCUAACGCCAUGAUCCUCGAUCCUAUUAGCGAGAAACCUACUCGCCUCGCCUUGAGGAGAGAUGAUAAGGGACUACCGGUGCGGGUCUCUCGGCGCAGCGGCGUUGUCGUCCCGUGGCCUGAUGCAUCUCUGGUUGCUGCAGACACCAGCAGGGGUUCAGUAGAAUACCUCCGCACCGCACAGCAGCAGCAGCAACAGUAUCGUGGGCGGCAGCAGCAACGGGACAUGGACACCGCAGCGCCCGGGCCGAAAGAUACUCCCAAAGAAAAGGCCCUAGAAAGGACUUACGACUACGCUAAGGAAGUGGCGACCAUGGACGCUAUUCGGUUCAUGAUGAGCAAGUACAACCGCGAUGUCCGCUGA